AUGAGUGGGGAUGAACUUCGAAAUUUCUUGCGAAAUCCCAUAGAUUCUCGAUUAAAUUACUCGAAUCAACAAAUUAGCCGUGAAAUGAUGAUAGUUCCAUCAACAAGAUCAAACUCUACUAAUAAAGUAAAUAAAGAUGUUAUUACACAUGAGUGGGAAAAAAGAUUCACAAAAAUGAAACUUCGGCAAGCUCAUGCACAACAAAAUAGAAUCGUGGAGCCAUUUCUCUUAUUCAAUGCAACUGCAAAAUCAUCAGAUCCUCUUCACAGACUUUCGGUAGAAGAAAUUGUUGAUUUAAGAACUAAGAAUACAGGACAAAUACAAAAGAGAGCCCAAUCACAACUUCCUCAGUUAAGAAAAAUAGGUGCAUCUCUAAGAACAAAUCCUAUAACAAGAGGAACUUUUGCAGGAUAUUAA